AUUAGCGGCGACUGACGGAGCAGCAGUGAGCUGAUGAGGGGGGCCUUCUGGCUGAAAACACGUCUCCACUGACUCCGCGGCACAGCCAGCCUCUGUAGGGGGAAGAAAAAACUUUUUGUAGGACAGGCAAAGUGCCACGCAAGAACAGAGGCCCACCGAGUUCACUGGUUUGUUGCGACCUUGGACAGAAACGGGGAAAGUCACAACAAAGACGAGCGCCAUAAUAACCAUCGGAGGAAACUUAACGUGAAGGAGGAAUAGCUUAGCAACAGAGUCCCACUUCCUGAGGUGUACAGGAUCAAGCUCCUAACACCAUGGAUAUGGAUAUGCACCCACAAGGACAGCAAGCAGGCGUGCCAGUAUUUCAACCUCAGAAACCGCUGCAGCCAGAUAUGGGCCAUAACUCAUUGGCCAACUUCCAAAUUGAGAAGAAGAUCGGACGCGGCCAGUUCAGCGAGGUGUACCGAGCGAGGUACCUGUUAGACAACACGUCGGUGGCCUUAAAGAAAAUCCAGAUAUUCGACUUGAUGGAUGCCAAAGCUCGGCAAGAUUGCAUCAAAGAGAUAGAUCUCCUUAAGCAAUUGAAUCAUCCCAAUGUGAUAAAGUAUCACGCAUCUUUUAUUGAGGACAAUGAGCUGAACAUAGUUCUGGAGUUAGCUGAUGCUGGGGAUCUCUCUCGUAUGAUCAAGCACUUUAAGAAGCAGAGGAGGCUCAUCCCAGAGAGAACGGUGUGGAAGUACUUCGUCCAGCUCUGCAGUGCGCUUGAACACAUGCACUCCAGAAGAGUCAUGCACAGAGAUAUCAAGCCAGCCAAUGUGUUCAUCACAGCUACUGGUGUGGUUAAACUGGGAGACUUGGGACUGGGAAGAUUCUUCAGCUCCAAAACAACUGCUGCUCACUCUCUUGUGGGUACCCCUUACUACAUGUCACCAGAGAGGAUACAUGAAAACGGCUACAACUUCAAAUCUGACAUCUGGUCGCUAGGAUGCCUCCUCUACGAGAUGGCAGCCUUACAGAGUCCUUUCUAUGGGGAUAAGAUGAACCUCUACUCGCUUUGCAAGAAGAUAGAACAGUGUGACUACCCCCCUCUUCCCGCAGAUCACUACUCAGAAGAGCUGAGGAACCUGGUAGAUAUGUGCAUCAACCCCGACCCGGAGAAGAGACCGGACAUCGCUUACGUGUACGGCAUCGCCAAACACAUGCAGGGCGUCACACAGGGCUGCUAAGCCUGGAGUCGCACACUACACCCUGCAGAACUCCUCCACUCAUCCACUCCUGCCUUUUAUGUUGGACUCCAAACACAACUUUUGCCCUUUACAAAAAAAAAAAAAAAAACUUCCUCCAGAGCUUAGCUCCUGGUGAUACCUGGUACAUGAAGCAGAUUUUUUACCGCCAGGGUAAAGUUUAUGAAACAGACCAGAGUCAGUGAUCUAGAUGUUCUUCUCUCAGUAGGUAGAUUUUCAAUUUUAGGAUUUGAAUUUCAACUUUUCUUUUGUUGAGGUUGAAAAAUUGUCUCAGCUUGUGUUUGCUGGCAUCCAUCCUGCAGCUGUGACUAUCAUUUACCUCAGUCAGUGACAUUAGUUGGUAGAAAUAGUGACUUUUCAGACCCUUUCAACAACUUCUCAUGUGUUUUCAGUGGUUUGCAAGGUUUUGAACAGUAUUGCAUUGUGAAACAAAAAUAAUAUUCUCCUAUGCAGGCUGUACAUAUCAGUGCUCCCAGAUUAUUAUUUGUGCCAUGCACACGUUCUCAUACUCCUUUCCACUUGUCAUAUUACAACCACAAACUUUAGAGUAUUUCGCUGUAACUUUAUAUGACAAAGAAACACAACUAGUGUAUAAUAAAAAGUGGAAGGAAACUGAUGCACAGUUAAUUUAACAAUUAUGCUUUACUUAAGGCAUAAGGUAUGCGUAGUGCAUCCCAAAGAGAUGCACUAAAGCAGGGGUGUCCAAAGUGUGGCACAAAGUGAUUUUGUGUGGCCCUCAAUUGUAAAACAAAAAUGGCACAAAUUUGAUUUUGGUGCAGACAAAAUAGUAAAGUUUGCAAUUAUGUGAUUUCGUUAAAAAACAUACAGAUGAAUUUGAUUGUUUUUCUUUGAAUGGAAAGUAUAACAAAAUUUUGUCAACCAUGUCUUUCUCUUUUAUUUCAAUUUUAUAGUAAACUGGACAGCAAACAUCCAGGGACUUUUACUUGAGGUACAAAACUCAGCUAAAUAAAGUAAUUCUUUCUGAAUUAAAGAACCCAUAUGAUGUUGUUGUUGGUGGUGGUGGUGCUCAACAUAAAUCUAAAAAUAGUAGAAAUAAUCAUUAGUUUUAUUAGUACAGGUAAUAAGGACACAUUUUGCAAAAAAAAGACCCUGAACUAAAAGAGCAAACAAAUUUUGUGGCCUUCAAUUACGGUUAAGCUGACCCUUUUGACCCACGUAGUGAAAAGUUUGGACACCUCUGCACUAAAGUUUGUGUCUAUAAUAUGCUAGAAUGUACAAAGUUCAAAGCUUAUGAAUACUUUUGCAAGGCCCAAUAAAUAUUACAAACAAGCCCAGAAAGAUGAGAGUUAGGACAAGCCCAACUAAAAGUCAUUAUGUUCUCUGCAAGAACAAGUAACAUGUAAAAGGUUCUGCCCAGCUGAUGUCAAAAACAUCUAUCUGUUGUCUGUACACACCUUUCCUUCCAAAAUGGUGGGAGUCCGCUGCCUAUCUCCAGAGGUUACAUCCUGGAAAGGUCGCCAGUCCAUCGCAGGGCAACACAGACACACACCGGACAAACAACCAUGGACACACUCUCAUCCUUAGGGACACUUUACAGAGACCGAUUAGCCUAACAGUGAUGUUUUUGGACUGUGAGAGGAUCCCAGAAAACCCUGAGAGAAGCCAGACAUUCCUGGGGGGAACAUACAAAUUGAUGCAUAAAGACCGCAGACGGGGAUUCAAACCCAGAACCUUCUUUCUUUCUGCACGGUAGUUGCGUCACUGCGGAGCCACAUGUCCAAAAAAAAAAAAGCUACAAGAACUCCCAAACCAUGUCUCUGUUCUUGCAGCGUAUGAGGCCUUAGCACCGAACCCUUUCUGCUCACAAAAACAAUUAUGGAAAAUAUAUUUAUCUUUUUUUUUUUGUUUUGAAAAUUUGCUAAGUGGAGAAGGUCAACACUUGGUUAGAAAAUAGAUACUUGGCAAAAAAAAGAAAGCCGUAUUAGCUUUAAAUGUGUAAAGAAAUUCAGACAACGCUUUACUGCACGGUGGAAAAAACUGAGAAACUUAAAAUUCUGGUGGAGAUUUGUUUUCACUGAGUGACAGCAGCAAAUCUGAAACAAAGCAGAGCAAUUGAUGGUUGAUAUGUUGUUGUGUUGCACUUUUUUACCCUGGUAAAGCAAGGCUGGCAGGGUUAUGUCAAAUGAAUGUAUUAGAAAAGGAAGAAUCAUUUACAGGAUAGACUAGAGACGUGCUUGGGGGAGAACACGGGCAAAUGUCUCCACAACACUUUGAAUGUUAGUCAUUUUGACACCUUUGUGUUGUCUGAAAACUUCACAAUGUCUCUUUUGACAGCCCCCAUAGUCGCUGAAGCUGUAAUAAAAGCAGUUUUAUAUCUGCUGUUUACCCUUCCCGUGACACCAUGUUUUCUUCUUAGCUCAGCUCCAGCGAGGUACAAAGUGUCACGUUGUUCUGGGUCUGUAAAAGUCACAAAGAAAACAUUAAGAACAUGAAAUAAAGCUUCCUUUAUUUCAGUGUCCAGCAGACACAUCUGACCCUCCAUACAGGUGGUCAAGUUCAAGGCAGCCUCGUUAGUAUUGCAGCGUUUUUCUCUCUUAUGCUAUAAAUAUAGCAUGUCAAGCCGUCCGUGUUAGGAAGACACCACAGUGUGCCUAAAUUGUGUUCUCAGUCAAAGUAUCAGACAAAUCUCAAACAUUAUCAUCAAUCUAUGUGAAAGUAGAUUUUAUUGACCAUAUAUAAAGCCCUGUUUAAAGGAAAAAGCCAUGAUGGGAUGUUUACUCUUCAUACCAAAGACGAACUGGGUUCUUGGGAUGGAUUACUGGUUAGUAUGUGUUUUUUUUUUCCAGUUUCAUGGUUUACACCAGUGUUUCAUAAAAAGCUAGCACUGACUGUAACUGGUUUACAUUUCAAUAAUGAAACCGUUCUGAAGGUAAAUGUAUAGUGAUUAAUAACACUAUUUUAGUGUGUAAUAAACCCCCUAGUAACACUGUUAAACCCCUGUUUCCUUAACAUCCAAUGCAUCAUAUGUGUUAUAUACAGAAUCAAAACUUACAUGUGCAAGAAAAAAAAGGUUGGUUAACAAAUAUGUUAAUGAUGUGUUUAUAGUUACAGAAAUACAGAGAUUUACAGCAAAUACAGUGUUUGCUAGUUGUGUUUUGCAAGUAUAUAUAUUCCUUUGGAUUUAGGCUCUUUUCUACGACUCUUUUAUUAUAAAACAAUUUCUUCCCUUCAGCUACAGUCCUGAUAAUGCUCUAAAAAUGAGUAUCCAGAUGGCAUCAAAAUAUUUCAGUAUUCUUUAGUAUUUGUCUGGGACUGGUUGCUUUAAUGUUUGAAAUUUUAGUUUUGGUGGGUUUUUUUGUUUUAAUUUGGCAAAUCAACAUAGAAAGUAAAGUACUAAAGCUGACUCUGCAGCGCCUUCAGGAGGCAGGCCUUGAUAUUUCCUGGAUACAUAAUUAAUUAAAGCAUUUUACUGUAUGUAAAUUCACAUAAAGUGCAUUUACUUUGAAAUAUGAAGCAUAUUAUAUAUAGAAAAUUGAGCUCGAUCUGUGCAGACAUUACCUACAAAGGUGGAGUUUUCUUUUACUUUUCCAAAGAAGAUGAAAUUCUGAGUUGCUUUAAGGAUUUUGGUAUUCUUGGUAUUUUUAUUUGUAACUUGCCUGACUGUGCCUUUUUAGCUUUCGUCCAUUUUCUCCUGCAUGCCCACUGAAGUUUUUUUUGAAGAGUCCAGAAAGUAAAAAUGAAAACAUUGGCGAUAUUUAUUGUCUUGGUAGCUUUAGUUGCUUUGUCAGCAUUUUAUGACAAAUGAACUUCACAUAUCACAAAUGCAAUGUAUGCAAAUUAAAAAUGAAUAAAGCUUUAACAUUUUUGUGGACAUUGA